AUGGAGUCGUCCUCACCGCCUUCAACGGGUGAGGACCCCAACGUGUGCCUUCGAUUCUCUCUUGGACCCACCAACCUCGGUAUCCUGCGCCCACACCUCGACAUCAUGAAGGAGCACCCCGUCGUCAUCGAGCAGCGCGACUUUCGCUUCGACGUCUACGGACGGCCAGCCGAUGUGGCCACCGCGAUCGCCUACAGCUUCCUGAACCCCACAAAUAACGCCGAUCCUGCGCCACAAGGAACCAGCGCAGUCUUGGCAGGUGCAAGUCCAGGGCAGAAAAGACAGACAUCUUCUGUGGUUCAUACAAGAAGGGAACAACAACCGCCUUCCUUGGAGCAGACAAAGAAUGACCAAAGGGAGAGUGACACGAUAGCAGGACGUCUUACAGCAGGCAGGAUUCAAAUCGAUGACCAAGCAACACCUCACGGAUAUCUAAUCAACUUGACCGAGCCAUCGACAUCAUCUACAAAGGCUUUGUCAUCGUACGAGGCAUCCAUAACAACAGAUUUGGCCUCGCCACCGAGUAUGCAGGGUGUAAAUAAGUGGAAGACGGAUUACGAUCUGGCAUGGGAGCAGUUCUUUGGCCCUCGUAACAACACGCAACAAGAAGCAACAGAGUCAAUGGAGCCAAAGUCUUGGUCGGUCACGAUUCUGCUAAGCAUGCCCUUCCGAGUCAUCCAGUACUUGAUGCUGACCUCUCACGGCUUCAAGACCUAUCUUGUCGAGGAGCCAAAUUUAGACGCCUGCACCCGGCAAGGAAUCUCUCAGGAGCGCAUCAAACUCAUUGCUGAGCAAGCAGGGAUGGUCGUCGCUAUCAACAAUGUCCAGUUGCCCAGUAUUGACUCCAACCCCGAGGAGUCCCCAGUCUGGCUGCAGCUGGACGAUCGCAAAGCACUUCGAGCUGUCCUUUUGGGCGUGUGCAAGGCUCUGGAACAGGAACCGGUCCGAAGAGUCAUUCAAAUGGGACUUGGACAAAGUGAACUGGAGUUGCGCAAGACAUGGGACGGAAUCCUCGGUCAGACCAUCACUUCAGGAACUACACCUAACGAGAGGGAGUGGGUCAUGGACGAUCGAACGUCGAGAGAGGAAAACGUCCAACCGCCUGCAUCGGUCACCUGGGCUGAGUCUCCAACGGAAGCCAGACGAGUACAGGGGGACAGGAACUCAACGGCCCCGGCUGCCCAGCGGAGGCGACAAACUGAGCCAGCUUGGCACCCCGUUACGACAAGAAUUACUUCUCCCAACAGAAUUGCUGAGCACCGUCGAACAUCUGAACGGGACGUAUGGAACAAUCGGCUGACGGACGGAUGGGACAGUGCAGCUGGAGUAUAUCGAUCACCGCGAGAUACACCGUCUGUGGUGGCGGGGGACCCAUGGAUGGCAACCUCUCAGAGUGUUGGCAACUUCUUCACAGAGAGCGGGCAUAAUGGAGCCGAGUCCCUUGUUGAUGGUGCUAUGGGACCUAGCACAAGCAACAGUAGCCUGAGCGAGGACAGCCAGGGCAAUGGACGGCGUUGCAGGAGCACAAGCAGCCAGGAAGCCAGGGAACCCCGUCACCAUGAUGACAGUAACAGUAAUAACAACAAUGAGGAUCCAUAG